AAAUCCUCCAUCUUACCCUCUCGUAAACCCACCCCUUGAUUUUGUUGUCCGAAAGAAACCCACCCGCCGUAAAGCGCCAAGCACAGCGCCGCCACCCCACUCCCCUCCUCCCCUCCUCUCUCUCCACCGCCAUGCCCACUGGAGUCCAUAACAGAAAUCAAACUCGUUGAAUCAUAAUCCUCACUUAAUUCAUAAUCUCCUUCCCUCCGCCUCAAAAAUGUUUUGUCAUCGACUAGCAGCUCCUCCGUCACAAACCGAACUCCUUCCGCUCCACAGACGCACCGUUCCUAAAGUCCAAAAUUUCCCUGCGUCCCUUCAACUCUCUCUCACCCAAAACCGUAAAAAGGGUCCUCGUAUAAGGGCGGUCUCCAUAGAUGAAAUUCCACCAAAUGCCCUCCGCCGGAAGCGAGACCCGCAAUGGAGAGGCGGGUUUAGCGUAGGGGUAGAUUUGGGACUGUCACGCACCGGCCUUGCCGUCAGCAAAGGCUUCACCGUCCGUCCUCUCACCGUAUUGAAUUUGAGAGGGCAGAAGCUUGAGGAUCAGCUGCUUGAGAUUGCAAAGAAGCAGGAGGCAGAUGAGUUCAUAGUUGGGCUUCCGAAAUCGAGUGAUGGGAAAGAGACGCCUCAGUCUAACAAAGUUCGUAGCGUUGUUGGGCUUGCUGUUAGUGCCGCUGAGAGGGGUUGGAGAGUGUACCUGCAAGAUGAAAAUGGGACGUCCAUGGAAGCCAUGGAUCGGAUGAUUAUCAUGGGACUCGACAAGUCUGAUCGACAAAGCCAAAUCGAUGCCUACGCUGCUGUGAUGGUGCUGGAGAGAUAUUUUUCCAUGUCAGGUGAGGGCACGGAGCUCGUACUGCCCAGGAAUCUGGAUCUUCAAGACAAACUUCGAAGAGGCCCGCCUAAAGAUACCGAUUUUUUUGAUGAAGAUUACGAGGAUUGAUGAUUCAAUGUCAACCGUGAAACUCAGUACGUAUGCCCAAAAGUAUGUAUGUGAAUGUUCAAAGUUGUAAUUGCAGUAUUACAAUGGGAUGGGAUAACAAAACGGAACGGGGAAAACAGAAAAAUGUGACUCGUACAUGCUCCGGUUGCAAGAAAUCAGUACAAAUGCUCUAAGCAUAUAGCCAAAUUUUCUUCUUCUA